UUCUCUCUUUGAUCAGUAUUCUCCAAUGUUAGUAUAUGCUCAAACGAUCACACCCACGAAACAAGGAGGAAGCAAAUACUGUCGAACAAGCAAAGCAACAGAACAACGAAACAAACUUUGCCUUCCUUCUGAUCAACUACUUAUACCCACCUCCUCUAUCCGUCCUCACCCCUCUUUAUCUCCCUAUGCAAUCUCAGAUCCUUCCUGUAUUUCAUUCCUCCUCCUCCUCUUCUUCUCCAGUUUCUCCAACUAUGCCAGCGACGGCGACGACGGCAACAAUGGUUUUAAGAGGAGAGGAUGAUCCAAGCCGUUUCCAUUUCUCCUCGUCUCCCUCAUUUGAAAAUGGCAAAGAUGUUGACAAGAGACACUUUCUUCCUCGGGUUUCUACCUAUACAGGUAAUAGCAUCAAUAGCCAACAAAAGCAACAGCAACAAAGGAGGCGUAGAAGUGCCAGCGAAACAUCUCUUCCUUUUCUUUUAACCGAGCGACAACAGUCGUUCAGGGAGGACGUCAGCCAAGCUGCUUCCAAUACUUUCUUGCUCACUCGCCUUAGUUUCAAGCUCUUGCGUUAUUUGGGGGUAGGCUACCGGUGGAUUGUAAGAUUUCUUGCCCUUGGUUGUUAUGCAAUGCUACUUAUUCCUGGUUUCAUUCAAGUUGGAUAUUACUAUUUCUUCUCAAGUCAGGUCCGUAGAGGUAUUGUUUAUGGAGAUCAACCAAGAAAUAGGCUUGAUCUGUAUUUACCUAAAAAUAGCAAUGGGCCAAAACCAGUUGUGGCAUUUGUAACAGGUGGAGCCUGGAUUAUUGGGUAUAAAGCAUGGGGUUCUCUUUUAGGAAAACAGUUAUCAGAAAGAGACAUUAUGGUGGCAUGCAUAGAUUACAGAAAUUUUCCUCAGGGGACUAUUAGUGACAUGGUGGCAGAUGCUUCUCAAGGGAUCUCAUUUGUGUGCAAUAAUAUUUCUGAAUAUGGAGGUGACCUCAAUAGGAUUUAUUUAAUGGGGCAAUCAGCUGGUGCACAUAUUGCUUCUUGUGCCCUCCUGGAGCAAGCAAUAAAAGAAGCUGGUGAAGGAGAGAGCACAUCCUGGAGUGUUUCGCAGAUAAAAGCUUAUUUCGGUUUGUCUGGAGGCUAUAAUUUAUUUGAUCUUGUUGAUCACUUCCAUACACGAGGACUUUACCGUUCCAUCUUCCUACGCAUAAUGGAAGGGGAACAAUCCUUACGACGAGUUUCACCUGAAGUAAUGGUGCAGGACCCAAGCCUUAAAACUGCAGUUUCUCUCCUUCCUUGUAUUAUCCUUUUCCAUGGGACUGCAGAUUAUUCCAUUCCAUCAGAUUCCAGUAAAUCCUUUGCAGAAUCUCUUCGGAGAGCCGGAUGUCAAGCUGAAGUAAUUUUGUAUGAAGGAAAAACACACACAGAUGUGUUUCUUCAGGAUCCCAUGAGAGGUGGUAAAGAUCAAUUACUUGAGGAUGUAGUUGCUGUCAUUCAUGCAGGUGAUGGAGAAGCCAUCGCUAAAGAUGCAGCUGCACCUCCAAGGAGACGCCUUGUUCCUGAAUGCAUGUUGCAGUUGGCUCGUAGGGUCAGCCCCUUCUAAGAAUUUCAGUUUCAAGAUUGAUUGCAAAAUUCUGACACAUUGGCCCAUAAUUGUAUUGUUCUACUUUUAGUUUCUCUCCAUCUUUGUACAUAGUGCUAGAUGAUUUAUAGCGUCUACGGAUAUAUUUAUUCUUUGACUUAUUACCAUUUUGUCUGGUUACUCUUCAUAAAAAAUGUUAUGUACAAGAAAUGUGGAAUUAGCUUAGGCUGGUCCUCACUACCUAUUACCUAAUCCCUUUACAUUUCAAGCAUUUUACAAAUCUCCCCGAUAGUGAGACCCCAAAACAUUUGUUCUCUAUGUCUUGCAAGUGAAUCAGCAAAGGUGUUGGCUUUCUUGGUAUC